ACCGCUUGGCAUUCUUUUUUGUUUGAAUCGACCAUGACAUGUAUCUUACAAUUAAAUAGCUUGUUGUUUACGUUAAUCGGCGCCUCUAUAAAUAGCAAUAGGUGAAGUAGCACAUCUUUUCAUAUGAGCUGACGUGAAAACUCAACAUUGCAUGAUAGUAAACAUGAAUACGAGAACGUUUAUCGUAUGGUUUCUGUUGUUAACGGCUGUUGUCGUAGCUGCCGCAGUAGAGACUUCCGUGGAUGACAAGAAAGAAGGUGCAAAGCAAGUAGAGAUACCAACCGGAGAAGGCAAAAGCGACGCUAAGGAUAGUCUCAACCAAGGAGACGUUGGGGUCGAGGCCAAGGUUGAUAAAGAAGAAGACAAAAAUUAUGACGUUGAUCAAGGAUGGAGGGGAGGCGGUGGUCGCGGCCGAGGAGGCGGUGGCCGUGGCCGAGGAGGUGGUGGCCGCGGUGGUGGACGAGGGGGUGGUCGUGGAGGCGGUGCUGAGUUAGAUACCAAUGAAAUAGAUGGUGCAGCAACUGACGUACAAAAUGGAGGCGGUGGCGGGGGAGGAUGGAAGGGAGGCGGUGGCCGAGGCGGAGGAUGGAAGGGAGGUGGCGGUCGAGGCGGAGGAUGGAAAGGAGGUGGCGGCCAAGGCGGAGGAUGGAAAGGAGGUGGCGGCCAAGGCGGAGGAUGGAAAGGAGGUGGUGGCCGGGGAGGAGGUGGUGGAGGCAGUGCUGAGUUGGACACCAUAGAAAUAGAUGGUGCGGCAGAGGACGUACAAAAUUCUGGCGGUGGCCACGGCGGAGGAUGGAAGGGAGGCGGUGGCCAAGGCGGAGGAUGGAAGGGAGGCGGUGGCCAAGGCGGAGGAUGGAAGGGAGGCGGUGGCCAAGGCGGAGGAUGGAAAGGAGGCGGUGGCCAAGGAGGCGGUGGCCGAGGGGGAGGAUGGAAAGGAGGCGGUGGCCAAGGCGGAGGAUGGAAAGGAGGCGGUGGUCGAGGCGGUGCUGAGUUGGACACCGCAGAUAUAGAUGCUACGGCAGAGGACGUACAGAAUUCUGGAGGUGGUGGAGGCGGAGGAUGGAAGGGAGGCGGUGGUCAAGGCGGAGGAUGGAAAGGAGGAGGGUGGAAAGGAGGUGGUGGUCAAGGAGGAGGGUGGAAAGGAGGCGGUGGUUAAGGAGGAGGGUGGAAAGGAGGCGGUGGUCAAGGAGGAGGAUGGAAAGGAGGAGGUGGUAGAGGAGGCGGUGGUGGUGGUGGAGUGUAGAAUCGACCGUCUCUAGACUACUCACAAUUGCAAACUAAAUAUUAUGAGUAGAAAUGUAAGUGUAUGCAAAAUAGCCAACUAUAGUAAAUAAGUUUGAUGCACGGUUUGCCGAUGCAUUACCGCACAUAACCACCUAUCAUGCAGAACUGAUGUAAUGUACGUUGUAUCCUCUUCCUAUAAUCAAUAUAUCUUAGCAGUUGAGUGUUAGUCAGAA